AUUGGGGCUGUUCACAAGGAGUUGGCCUGUUUCAAGGUAAUUUCUUCCCCGCACUACUCCGUGGUUUUGGAAUAUCCCUGGCUUCAGAAGCACAAUCCGACCUUUGAUUGGCGAUCGGUCGAGAUUCUCUCAUGGUCACCGCAGUGUGGGGCCGGGUGCAUCCGUUGCCUUUUUGGGCUACAUCAUUUCCGCGGUGGGUUUUUCCAUGGACCCUCAGAUGGUUUCGGCGGUUGUGCAGUGGCCUCGUCCCAAUGGUCUUCGGCUUUUUGGGAUUCGCCAACUAUUAUCAGGUUUAUCAGGAACUUCUCCACACUGGCCAAG